AUGUCAGAAUUUGCACCUAUUUGUAUCUAUUUAGUGAUCAGUCUGCUAGUUUCUUUGAUCUUACUCGGUCUUCCUUUUCCCUUUGCUUCCAAUAGUUCGACCUAUCCAGAAAAAUUGUCGGCCUACGAAUGUGGUUUCGAUCCUUUCGGUGAUGCCAGAAGUCGUUUCGAUAUACGAUUUUAUCUAGUUUCUAUUUUAUUUAUUAUUCCUGAUCCGGAAGUAACCUUUUCCUUUCCUUGGGCAGUACCUCCCAACAAGAUUGAUCCGUUUGGAUCUUGGUCUAUGAUGGCCUUUUUAUUGAUUUUGACGAUUGGAUCUCUCUAUGAAUGGAAAAGGGGUGCUUCGGAUCGGGAGUAA